CCCACACAUGAGACCCCACUUCCUCCUCUCUUUUUCCUCCUUCGCUCUUUUCGUUCUCCGCUCUUUCGCACAUUCUUAUUCUCGUCGCGUCGUCCCUCACGUAUCGUUCCAACGUCAUUCUUUUUCGUCAAUUAUCGAGCGUGCGCGCGUGCCUGUGACUGUGCGUAUUGCGUUAGAAUGCGUGAUUGGGUUCCCCGGAGUUGGUUCCCAGCCGCUCGAAGCGUGAUACGUUCUGCCGAAGGAGUCGUCGGCUCCUGGUGGUGGUGGUGAUGGGGGGGACGGGGAGGAAGGGGCCUCUUUGCAAAUUGUUCUUUUAUUUCUGCGUCGUGCGUCGUCCUUCUUUCUCCUUUUCUCCUUAAUCAACGCUCUCGAGACUUCGCUGACGACUCAGCUCGACGACAGCCCGUCUAAAUUUAGAAAACAUCGUAAACACACUAGCUGCGUUAUAUCUGGACAUAUGGGACAUAUCGCUUCCUGCUGCUUUCGCGGAACAACGUCGCCGAUAUGUUAUCGAUAAACGCUGCACAGACUGCUAUACGUUGCUAUGUAAACGUCAAAUCGUCCGAGCGUCGAUUUCAACGUCAUCGAGAAAGGUGGAAGGAAGCGCUUGUGUGCUCGCGCUACGAGCUGAGUUCCGCCUGAUUUAUGUAUAUACACGGGCUAAUCGAGCGGGCUGAAUUAUUUAAUUAUGAUCGAGCUACACGCAUGAGCGACAUGAGGCAUCGCGCGCGCAGGAGGCCACGAGAGCUUGGUUAUUCUGUUAUUAUUAAUAAAGUGAUGUGGGCGCGCGGUGGUUUACAGUACGCACCGCAAACGGCAUGCAAUAUCGAUACGUGUCACACAUUGAGCGCGUCAUCGAUCAAUCAGUAAAGGGCCGGCAACGUUCAAUUUAUUUGCGCGUUCUUUCUUUCGCCUUUUUGCGGGGGAGGGGCGGUUUGUCCGUUUGCUUGGCUUUGGGUUUGAUUCGCGGCGGCGGCCGCGACAGCAAGGAAAACAGACUGCUCGCGAAAAGAUUUUCUGACGACACACCGGAUCACCGCACCGAUCAUCUCGCACCGGAGAUCGACGAAUCUAAAUGCAGAAUAAGCCGCAGCGAAAUGUCCUGGUCACGAGGCAGAUGGGUUUGCCCGGAUGAUCGACAGUUGAAGUUCCGGGCUAGGUUGAACAAAGGAUGGUCCCAAAAAACGAAAUCCUUCGAAUGCCUGUGGCCUCAUUAUUCAAAUACUGCCGUGAAUCGUAGCACCCAACAACCUCCCUUGCUCACCGAAAACGAACGACAAAUGAUCAUUCAGGUAAAUCUCGUGAAAUCCAAAUCGCGUGUUUCAGCUCUCGACUCUCUGACUGAUACUUCAAUGGGAACAAAAGAAACUGUGAUACAACGGGACGAAGCUCUGGAUCUGUCGGAGCAGAAGCGGGUGGGCAGGCUCGUUGAGAGGCUGAAGAAUGUGAAGCAGAACGUGUCGUCGGCCACGUCGAGGCAGAGAAGCGGCUGUGGUAUACGCUGCCGUAUGAACGGCCGUUGCGUUUGUUCCUGCGGCCUUUGCGGCGACAAAUUUGGCAUGCUGGGGGCGAGCGGGAACCUCUGCAAGGACUGUCGCAAAUACGUGUGCCAAAAGUGCGGCAUCGAGAUCACGAAGCCUAAUCUGCUGGAGGGGAGCAGCAACGCCGACGAAGAGGGAAGCAAGGCAUCCACGCGAGGUUCCUUCAGGUUCCUCCAGGAACAGGCGGUCGUGUUCCGUCAACGUAUCAUUCAAUGGUCCCAUGGGAACGCGCACAGAAAGUAUCUCUGCCUCAUCUGCGCGGAAACCAGGGAGAUGUGGAUGAGGAGCGGCGGCUGGUUCUUCAAGAGUAUACCCAAGUUCAUCCCACCGAAGAAGAAGGAACGCGGAUGGACGUCGACGUGGGCGAUCAAAACAAGUCAAAACAAGUCGUCGGAGUCGACCGAUCAGCAAGACACCUCGUCGGAUGAUGAAACUGGACGACUCUCGAUGACACGUGGCCAUCCUAUCUCGCCCACAAAUCUGCCGAACAACCGCACUCCUACCAAGUCAACCAUCUCCAGCCCCGUGCCGAGCAACACCUCGUCAACACCGAGUACACCCCGAGGCAAGUCAAGCGGUUCCUCACCUUCAGGAUACCGCGAAAAUGGUCCCGACAGGUUGAACAAGCCCUGUCUGUCCCAAGGUGGUCAACUGUCGCCCACGGGCUCGAAAGGUACUCUUCGUUCAUCCGUGAGCGGUAGAAGUCCGCUACAGCAACGUGUGUCCUUUGUGGACGACGAGAAGACUAACGAAGCUGAGAAUGACGAGGUGGAGGCAGUUGAGGAAUCGAGUAAAAACACAUCCAUCUAUCUAAGUCGAUCCAGAGGCCCUAAGAUACAGUCCCUAAGAGUAAAGACGCCAUUGACGACCACGUCGGCGGAACAGGUUCGAGAGGAGAAUAAACACCUAGAGAUAAAUGCAGAACGGAACGGGAAUAAGUCCUGCCAGGACCAGGACAGCUCAUCCGGUGACACUCGAAAGAACAGCCAAGUCGUGUCGCCAAAGAUCCAGACUCCGGAGUACCCACAAGAAACAGGACAAGACUACGGAACCCUAGAGGUCUUCCUGCGAUAUGACCCAGCGGACCAGUGCCUCCGGUGCAGGGUGGAGUGUGCGAGCGGCCUGAUGCCUAUGGACAUCGACGGUUAUGCUGAUCCCUUCUGCAGAUUGAAUAUACUACCCGUGAAGAAGGCAACGAUGAGCAGACUGGUGCGAACGAAAGCGGUACACCGCACGCUCAACCCUGAGUUUCAUCAAACGGUGAACUUCAAUCGCACGUCAGAAACAGACAUCGCAACCAAGGCGUUACAUAUCUUAAUCAGCCAGGAGGAUCCAUUUGGCGAAGACUUUCUGGGCGAGGCGAGAUUCCCCCUGCACGAACUGCGGCCGUACGAAACAAGGCACUACAAAGUCUCUUUGCAGGAACACUAUCAAGUAGACAACGAAGAGGAUACCUGGGGCAUGUGUCUCAGUUGCCGUGGAGUGAUCCAGGUGAGCCUCAACUAUUGUACGCGUCGAAGAGCGCUAUUAGUUACGGUGCACCGUGCCGCAAAUCUCCUUCCCAUGGGCAAAGACGAUCUUUCCGAUCCGUUUGUCAAACUGGCCCUCGUCGAGGAUGCGAACGAUAAGCUUCGCCAGCAACUCCCAGACUCGUCGAUUGCGCGUGCCACUGCCAAGAAGAUAACCACGAAGAAGAAAGUCGAACGCAGCUCGCAAUGCACGAGCAUCAGGCGAAAAACUAUGAACCCGGAAUGGAAUGAGGAGUUCUCUUUCGCGAUCGCCUCGACGGAACUGACAAAGUUGACGCUGUGUCUCUCCGUCUGGGACAAAGUCUUCCUCAAGAGGAACAAUUAUAUGGGCGGCUUAAUGCUGGGUUGCGGCAGCAAGGGUGCUCGUUUGCGGCACUGGAUCGAAACCAUCAAUUCUCCGGAUCAUCGUCACCUGGCGUGGCACAACUUGGCGAAGAUCAACGUGCCAAUGGAAUAACGACCUCAUCAGGCUCGAGGAGCAGGACUGAACGAAACGCACGGGACACACGGACUCUAUCGGUAGAUUAUGCAAAUAUGCAUACUACGCGUACAUAAGAGAAUGCGUAACGAUAUACAAAUUGUGUAUAAAUCAUAGAAAAUCAUCGCAAUGUAACGUGACACGUGACAACAUAUUAAUACAUGCUGAUGGAACCUUGCUCGGAUGACAAAUUGUGGAUCGUUCUCAGGGACAACGGACACUUCGACGACGAGAACUAAUCAUUUCUAUAUCAUUUGCAUUGUGAAAGUGUUUGAUUACUCACAUUCCAGAAAUAUCACCUCUAUUGGGAUUUUAAACCAGAAAAUUUACUUUUGAAGUCAAGAGUACAUUAAAUUCGUGAGUUUCAGCUUCCUUAUGUGAUUGGAUUACGAAUGGAUCAUGUAAACUUUCAACGGUAAAAUAUGUGCCAAAAUACAAAAUGUGAUACUCUAGAAGUGAUUUUAUAUAUAAAAAAAAAAAAAGCUCAUGAUGUAAGUGCCAGUUAUUGGUUCCUCUGAGUUAUCAUAUUUGAACUGCUUACACCUCUUCUGAUCUUUGUCAAUCCUGUGGAAACAUAUAACAUUAUUAUAAAAAGAAUCAGUGUUAUAGAUUUUCAUAAAUCUUGCAAAUUUUUAAUGCAAAGUGUAUAUCAAUACUGAAUAAAGUUUUAUUAAUAGCAA